AUGGCGGGCCUCAAAGGGUUUGAUCCUAUGGUUGUCAGACGAUCGGAAAAAUCUCCUGAUCAGAUAAUGGACAAUGGGCAAUGGUGUAUUGAAUACGCUUUCAAUACACUCGUCAGUGGGGGCAAGGAAUCAAAGCCCGACAGUGGCGCCAACGUCCCAGCAGCGGACGCCAACGGGCAGGUGAGGGAGCUGGUGUUCCCUAAAGGUCUGGACCUGGACCGGCCCAAGCGUGCCCGCACCACCUUCAGCGGGGACCAACUCUCUGCCCUGGAGCGGGAGUUCCGCCGCAACCAGUACCUGGUGGGCCGCGAGCGGUCGCUCCUUGCGGCUAGGCUUGGCCUCUCCGAGACACAGGUGAAGGUGUGGUACCAGAACCGUCGUACGAAGCACAAGAGAGACCGAGAGAGGGAGCACGAGGCGCCCACGGCCGGCCUUGCGCCCACGCUCACGCCCACGACCGCCAUCACACCCACUUCCCGCACAAUCCUGCCGCCCCUCACCCCACCAGUCAUGCCGCCUGCCACCACCGCCCUUUUUACUUUCCCGCCAGCCGCCCCACCCACCACCACCUCCUCCCUCAGCUUGCUCCCGCCCAAGAUGUCUGCAUCCAUGGCCGCCCUCACGCCAGAUCCACGCCCAGCGACCACGGCUGGGCGGGGGUUUGGAGCUUCCGUGGGUGGCGAGGAGCAGCACGUGGGGCGGUCAGACUGCCCUUCUCCGCCGCCUACCGCCAAACCACCAUCGCCUUUGCAGACACUAGCCGUCGGCGGCCUGGACUACCACAUGGGCGGCUCCGGGAAGUUCGACGUUGGCACCUACGGAGCUUAUCCACUGGAGAGGUCGUUUACCAAGAGCUUACCAACUCUGCUGGGCUCCUUCCACUCCGUCCCACCAACCACUCUCGCACCCUCGGCCUUCCGCCCACUUUUCCCUCGUCAGCUCCACCCACUCGCACUCCAGCCUAACGCUUUCUCACGCCCACACCCAGCUUGGCUGCCUUAGCAGCAGUGCCUACUACAGUGGUGUCCAGCUGUAGCAGUGAGUGAUGCAGGAAGCAGGGGUCAUGGCUGGCUGUCUCAAACUGGCUUAAUGAUUAAUAUCAAAAGGUGAUGGUCACUUCAAGUUUCGAUAUAAUGUAAGUUUGUGUAAAGUACAAAA